AUGGUACCAUUUGCCUCUUAUUAUAUGCCUAUUUCCUAUUCUGAUUCUAUAACAUCAUCACACUUGCACACUCGGAAAUCAUGUUCAUUAUUUGAUGUUUCACAUAUGUUACAAACUAAAAUAUAUGGAAAAAACAAAGAGCAAUUUAUAGAAGAAAUGUGUGUUGCAGAUAUUCAAGGAUUAAAAAAAGGAACAAGUGUUUUAAGUUUAUUUGUGAAUGAUCAUACUGGAUGUAUACUUGAUGAUUUAAUUAUUACUAAAACAGAAGAAAAUUAUAUAUUCAUGGUUACAAAUGCGGGUUGCAAAGAAAGCGACAUGAAAAUGAUAUUAGAGAAAUUAGCUGACUUUAAAUCAAAAGGGAAAGACGUGACUAUUGAAUUUUUGGACAGCAAUGAUCAGUCUUUGUUAGCAUUACAAGGACCAAAAUCAAUGAAUGUUCUUCAACAAUUAGUUACUGUUGAUCUGUCUAAAUUAUACUUUAUGAAUAGUGUGAUUGCAACAGUUUGUGGUGUUCCCAACUGUCGCAUUAACCGUUGUGGGUAUACAGGAGAAGACGGCUUUGAAAUAUCUGUACCUUCUGAUAGGGCAACAAUGAUAUCUGAGAAACUCCUAAUUAAUAAUAGUGUUAAACUAGCUGGACUUGGAGCUAGAGACACAUUGAGAUUAGAAGCUGGAAUGUGUUUAUAUGGAUCUGACAUUGAUAGUACCACUACUCCAGUAGAAGCUGCAUUAGUGUGGACAAUAAGUAAGAUUUAAGUUAAAUUUCAUAGAUAUUAAAAAUUAAACGAUGAGAUU